AUGUGCGAAACUCGAAACAUUUACCCAGUGGGUGGGGGCGAAGUAUGUCUUUGGCCGAACAACACCACCGAGUUUGGCUGGAUCCGUUUUCACGAUAUGCGUGUUGCGUCGACUUCGGCCGAUGUGAUCGAGCUUUUAAUUUUUACGUGCCACUGGAAACAGGCUUCCAAAAGGAAGCUGGCUUGGGACCCCGAGAAGAAAUCCGACUAUCUAAAACAAUGUCUAUUCUUCGCUUACGGGUUUCCUGGGCGGGUUGGGAUGGUUGAUUCAAGGGAAUCUCCCGACACAAGCUAUACUGUUGAACUGAUGCUGCAGAGGUAUCCUGCAAUACCUGGUCAAUAUUGGCACAAGAUUUGGAGGGACUACCGCCACAACAAAUGGAAAACGGACGCACGAUGGAAAGUUCUAUCGUGGAAAUUUUCAGAACAAGAAAUUGUAAACCGUCAUUUGGAGCUUUCCGGACAAGCUGUCAUGGCCUUCUUGCAACAGUAA